AUGUCUGCCGACAACGCCGUCCUCACCCAGAUCCUCGCUCAGCUCCAGUCCCUCCAGGUCAAUCAGCAGGCCAUGCAGGCCAAGCUAGACGCGCUGUCUAACCCUGCUUCGCCGCCAGGCCUCUCGAGCCCACCUGGCUCAUCUGCCAUCGCUUUGCCCGUCGAUGGGCUCUCGACCUCCCCGCCCGCUACCUCCGUGGCCGCAUCGCUUGCUGGCGAAUUAAACAGCGGCAAGCCCUUGACUGACAAGGAGCGCGAGAAGCUGCUGUACCCGUCCAGAGUCAUGUUGACCACAUAUCCCGACCAGCAUGGCGUCAAGCCCCAACCUCUCCAAUGGGGCGCUGCCGACCCGUCCGUGCGCGGGCCGGUGAUUUGCUCGCGCCUGCCAUCGUCGCUCAAGAGCCGCAACGCGAUUGGCGCGCACUCAGGGUCAUACUCGAUCUACCGCGCGCUGGCGAUCGCGAUGGGCACGCUCGUGCCGACGCACAAGCCUGACUACUCACGCACCGAACCCCCAAUCGAGAUCCCGCCCCAGCCGUCGUGGUCUGACCCGUCCAAGAUCGUCUCGUUCGAUCCGUGGGGACAUCUCGUCCCACAGGUCUUCCGCAAGGAGACGGAUAGCGGUCUCGAUAUUCGCCCGAGCAUUGCCGUCACCAAGGCGCAUAUGAAGCUCAGCGAGAUUGAUGAGGCCGCGCGCAGGGGCGAAAUUCCUGUGGAUGGGAAGAUCGUGCUUAAGAGCACGCCGCUGCUCAAUGCAGAUGGCACACCCAGUUCUGCGGACCCCGGUGUCGAAAUCAAUAUUGGUAAGGCCGCCGUCGAGCCUGUAUGGUAUCUGCCCGGCGUUGCAGACCGAUUUGGCAUCUCUGAAAGCUUGCUACGUCGCGCACUAUUUGAGGACACAGGAGGAAUGUACCCCGAAUUGAUUACACGACCCGACAUCAAGGUCUUCCUCCCACCCAUCGGCAACUUGACAGUCUAUAUAUUCGGACCUGCGCAUUAUAUGUGGGACGAGAGCAAGGAGCUCACCUUGCGCGUGCACGAUGAAUGUAACGGCUCGGAUGUGUUUGGAUCCGACAUCUGCACAUGCAAGCCCUACCUUACAUUCGCUAUCGAAGAGUGCGUGCGGACAGCGCAGCGCGGGGGCGUCGGCGUCGUUGUGUACUUCCGCAAGGAAGGCCGAGCGCUUGGCGAGGUCACCAAAUACCUCGUGUAUAACUUGCGCAAGCGUGGCGGUGAUUCGGCGGACAAAUAUUUCCGCGCGACAGAGCUCAUCGCAGGUGUCAAGGACAUGCGCUUCCAAGCACUCAUGCCCGACGUCUUGCACUGGCUUGGCAUUCGCAAGAUCGACAACAUGGUCUCUAUGAGCGACAUGAAAUACGAUGCCAUCGUCAGCUCGGGUAUUCCCAUCAUUAAACGCUACGAUCUCCCCGACCACCUCAUUCCUAUGGACUCGCGUGUCGAGAUCGACGCGAAGAUCGCAGCUGGCUACUUUACCAGUGGCAAGCAGAUCACGCAGGCCGACCUGGUCAAGACCGUCGGGCGCACAUGGGAGGAGACUGAGCAUUGA